AUGACGAGGAAGGCGUGGGAUCAGCCAGAGAGGAAGAUCACGAGCCUGGAUGAUGAUAAACUCUGGGCAGGUUUUAAAUGGGAGGAAACAGAUAAGAUCCUGAGUGGUGAAAUCCAACCCAAGACCAUGGAAGAGCCAGAGAGGAAGAUCCGGUGGAGGAUCGGGAGGAAGAGGAAGAAGGAGGAAACGGCCAUGGAAGAGGCAGAGAGGAAGAUCCGGAGGAGGAUGCGGAGGAAGAGGGAGAAGGAGGAAACGGCCAUGGAAGAGCCAGAGAGGAAGAUCCCGAGGAAGAUAGCGAGCCUGGAUGAUGAUGAGCUCUGGGCAGGAUUUAAGUGGGAGGAAACAGAUAAGAUCCUGAGUGGUGAAAUCCAACCCAAGACCUUGAUCACUACCUAUAUGUUUCCAUGCUCUAAAAGCUAUCCUGAGAGAGGACCUUUUAUUGCGAGAGAAAUGGCCUCGGUGUUCCCCAAUUCUAAAUACGUGAUCAGAGGGCCCAACGUCAGACAUGAUGCUGUCAUAGCAUUAGCGAGAGAGAAGGGUUGCACAUCUCUCAUCUUCGCUUUUACAGACCAUACUGGAGAAGAUUCAAUCAGUAUCGUGAACUUGCUGAAUCAUGCCAAGGCUGAUUUCAGAGUUAUUGAUCUCAUCCCACGGGAGGAUAUUCCGAAUCGUUCUGAUCCCAUCAGCGGCCUCUACCCGCGUCUUCAGAUGAGAGGUUUUAAGUCUCCUGCCAAUGUUGGCACUGCCAAAAUGAUACAAGCGCUCUUCCCCUAUGUCCCUGAUGUCCCUAGUCAAAGGAGUAUUGCAUGGUUUGAGAAGCAAAAUAAUUAUAUCUUUUUCCGACAUUCUGGUUACUUCAAAAAGGAAACCGUUGAAGGACAACCUCCUCCUAGUGUUCGCUCACUGAUCAAAGAAUGUGGACCUCGUUUUGCGCUCCAGUUCACGGGUGUACACAUGUUUGAUAAUCACACCUUCGAGUUCUAUCCGAUUUGCACGACAAUCUGGCCCUAA